AUGCAGCUUUCCCAUGGACCUGCAGUCCAAGCACUUGUGAUUGAUGAUCUUGUCAGCUUGUGCUGUCUCCCGGCUGCCGCUGACCCAAAAGGAGUCUCGGCUGCCCGUGAGCUUCACCUGGCCGCCUGUGAUGUUUACGAUCGCCAUAGCGUGCUGGGCUCUCCUGAAAAGGACGUCUACGGGCAGAGCCUCUUUCAAGCCAUCGGCACGGAGGUUGACUCUCGGCCAAAUACGGUCCGGCUCGGCCUUGUCUCGGCUGGGGCCUCUUUGGCUCGGCGUGCUGCCUUAGCUUUGCUUAGCUUGCGUGCUGCUCGGCUCCCUGUUACCACUUCGGGCCUGGUUGCUCGUUUGACUGGGGCGUGGACCUCCGUCUUCCUGUACCGCAGGCCUACGGCGUUGCAAACGCGGCCGCCGCUGCUCCCGCAUGAGAGCAGGGUUGCGAUUCGCCUCUCCCGGCGGCUUGCCCAAGAGCUUGUACUGUGCGCUGUUCUCAGCCCGAUUGCUGCCGCCGACCUCACCGCAAAACAGAGUCAGGCUGCUUAUGCCACCGACGCCUCUCUCGCUCGGGGAGCCAUUUGCAAAUGUCAUUUGCCUGCCAACGUUGCUCGCUCUCUGUGGCAGAAUGGUGACCGCGAAAAAGGAGCGCACACUCGCCUUGAGGAGGGCCCAAAGGUGCUACUAAAGACUGCUGGCCUCCCACACACGCAGGAGGACGUGGCAGAUUCUCCUCCGACCGCAGAUGAAGGUGGAGCCAUCCCCUUUGGCUUUGAUGUGCUCGAGGUCAUCGCCGGCGGCUACACGCGGGGCGUGCUUCUCGAGAGCCCUUGUGAGCACAGCCUCUUUAGCGCGCCUCCUUCCGGUGAGGUCCUCGGAGCCGAGCUUCGCCUCUGCUUCUCAAGGUCGCUCCGUGGGUCCCCCGGGCUUGGCACUGGGCCUGGCAUUGAGAGCAUUGCCACUAAUGACGUCCUCGCUGGGGCCGCCUGGGAAACUGUCUCUGUUAUUCCCUGGCAGGGUUCAUCUCAUAUCAAUGUGCUUGAACUGGCCGUCAUCGUUGCUCUGCAUCGGCAGGCUGCAACCUGCUCACCGGAUUCUCGCAUCUAUGUCAUGGCUGAUUCCCAGGUUGCAAAGAGCGCUGCUGCAAAGGGCAGGUCAGCCUCCCGGGCCCUGGGUUACGCUCUUGGCCGAUCCUCUGCGGUGCAGCUAGCCUUUGGGCUGUUCUUCUCCUACGGCUUUGCACCAACUCGGCUGAAUAUAGCCGAUGAUCCCACCCGGUUCGCCGACCUGAGACCUCCAGACUUUUGCGGCCAGACUUUGCAGCAAGUGCUGGACUCUGCCUUCGACCCUGCUGAGCGUACAUCUCAGCUGCUGGUGAGCUAUGGCCAGGCUCUUUUCCGUGCUGGGAACCUUUCCAUGGCUUGGGACCUUGCCUUUGCUUGGCUGACUGAAGAAGGCUAUGUCCAGAGAGGAUUGGCAGCAGAUCUUUCAGCAUUUGCCAGCUUCGCUUCGUGUGAGCGCCUGCGAGAUAUCCAGUUCACCCCCCUUAUGCGUUACGUCCUGAAUGGCAACACAUAUCCCUGGACACUGCUUGGCGAUCUCAUCUGCCUGCCUACGGCUGGCUUGUGCUUUCCGAUCCGGAGCAUGUACACCAAGGCGACUGCACCGAGGCCAUGCAUGGGCGAGCUUCUUUGCCCAGACUCAGCAGCAGAUGGCAGGGCGGAGUGUGAGGAUGCGACCAUGCAGAAUGCAAAGAACGAGCCCGUGGAACCAGUUGAGCAUGGCAAGGCCAAGAGGGUGCAGUCGCAGCCCAGGAAGGAGCCCCUGGAUGCCAUCUCUCCCCGCGAGCUCGAAUCCCUGCUCACGAGAGGUUCGCUCUGCAAAGCUCCUGGCCGGGAGCAGUGCGACCUGGCGCAGGUCGCACAUGGAGUGCUGGCAGCCUGCAAGCACUGGGGCCAGGAACUCUGGAACAAGCGUUUUGGAGUGGUGAACGUCGGGAACGAGGAGCGGGGGCAGCUUCUAAGCCGACAGCUGCAUGUGCAGACAUGCUUUGGCAUCGUGUACUCUCCUUCUCACUGGUGCCUGCUCGUUCUGCACAGGCCCACUGCAUCCCCACCGAUUGCCCACUUGUACGAUGGACUUGCCAGUGCGAUGUGUGCGGACAGUGCCAAAGCUUUCCUCUACCAUGCACAGAAUGUUGGCUGGACCCAACCCCCGCUGUCUUUGACGAUAGCUCGUGUAGGGAGUCAACCAGAUGCAUGGUCCUGUGGGCAUCGGGUCAUCAUCACGGCCAAUUUGGUCUUGGCACACCUCGCUCGCUCUGGUACACUGCCGCAGUCGAUGGACGGACCUACGUCCCAGGACGUGGAGGUGUUUCUUGCAGAGGCGAGACAGCAGAGCCUUGCAUCGGGCUCGGAUAGCUCUGCCAUCGAGGCUAAGGCUGAGGUCUCGCGAGAGUUGGAUUCGCGGAAGCCGACGAUCUCCGGAGCUUCUUCAUCUGCGGAGCUCGCUCCGUCUUUUGCUGCUGCUGCUACGUCUGCUGAGGUCUCCCACGACAUUGACUUGCAAUCUGCAGGCACAUACACGGUGGAGGCUCACACAGCGGCGGUUAUGCACCAUGCGCCGAAGCGCUUGACAGAGUCUCGGAGGGCUGGCGCCCGGUUUCAGCUACGUGCUGAGUGUGUGACCAGGGAUGUUUCCUUGGCAAAUGGGGGAGCGCAAGCUGUUGCGCCUUUUCCCCCGCCGGUGCCUCAGCUGCCGGCUGCAGCGCCGGGAUAUGAAUGGAGGCAAGUACCAGUGAUGCCGGUGCAGCCACCUUUGCCGCCUCCCUCGACCCCUGCCCCUAUUGCCCCUGCUGUGCAUGUGCCUCAGCAGCAGUCUACGUGGAAUCGCCAGCCCUGGCGCGGAGGGGGCCAGCAGAAGCAGCAGGGCCAAUGGGGCCAGCGCUGGAAUAAGUGGCAUCGGUCCAGUCAGGGGUCGAAUGAGCCUCGAGGGUCGGGCCACCAGUCUUCUUGGACGGACCCAGACCAUCACAACAUUCAGGAGGCCACUCCUUCUGAAGUGGCUGCGGCCGACGCCCGUAAGUCCACCAAAGAGGCUGAUAAGGAUGAGGCAGACGACGAAGAGUCGUACCUUGCAGCCCUGUGGAAGUCGGCGCAAGAUGAAGCGCGUGCAGACCCCACUCGCCCAUUGUCAGCCCGGGAACUGGCAGAGCAGGGAAAACUGCAGUGGUGGUGGAAGAUGCCUUGGAAGACCAUCGCCGAGAAGUUUCCUGACACGCAUGGCUACAAGGAGUUUUUGGAAGGACUUGAAGGUCCGAUCCCGACCUCUGUGAUUUCCCGCGUGGUCACGGUCCUUGCUGCCUUUCGGUCUUAUGGCCGCUCCCUUGAGGGGGACAAUCCAGUGGCGGGCGUCGUCGGACCCGAUGCUCACAUUUUUCGAGUGCCUGGGCAACGGAUUUUGAUCCUAUCUUGCGAACUGCGCGGGCCAAGCUAUAUCCGCAAUCCGAACUCGGCCCAUUCGGCUAUCAUGGCUCAUGGUACCUCUUUCCCCUCUUUAGUCGGCGUGGCAGAGAUAGGGGAGAUCGCGGUGAACGAUUUCCGCGAUCAGGGAACUCCCUGCUUCGGCUUUUCGGCACGGGGUUCAUUGGUCACCUUGUCGCGUGAUGCACUGGAAAGUGCAGCGACAAAAUGCGCGAGUCGGGCUAAAGCCCUGGGCGGGGCAAUUGUCCUCGUAGAGUGCGAGUUGCCACGGAGCAUCCCCGCUGUGGAGGGGGGGAAUGACAUGAUGCAGAUCUGUUGCCGGGACGCUGGAUCGGUGGUGGAUACUCUUCCUAUGAACUACGAGGAAGUGGCAGAUCGGUUUCUUGUGAUGUCUGGCCACGACCCCAGAGCGAGUGAGAAUGAAGUGUUCAUGCGAAGCAUCACUCAUGCUCGGUCGUCGCUGCCUCGGCAGCCUUGGGAACAGCCGGCUAUGCUGUGCAUCUUCGAUCCAUGGAAGGCGGCUUUCCCUCAGGGCUUGAACUUACCUUAUCAGGGAGUGGCCCCGGCUUCGUCUACUCCUCAGACGGCAGCACAACCUUCAGAUUCCGGGAAUCCGGUGCCGAGUGGAUCUCAUUGUCAGGCCUGGACUCGUGCAGUCAAGGCAAAACGAGGGCCUAGAGCCGCGGAUCGUCGUGAUGAGGCGUACCGCCGGGUCCUCACAUUACUUCAUGCCUUUUCGAGUUUCUUCGACCUGUGUACUCUGAUGGCAGAUGACGAGGAGGACGGCCCGGAUUCUGUCCAGGCCGUUUUGGCAGGGAAAUCACCGAACACCAUCUUGAAGCAUUUGGGUCCGGUUCGGACCUUUUGCGAGUGGCUUUUGAAAGCAAGUCAGACUCCGCCUUUUGCGGAAAAAGUUCUGUGGUCUUUCAUUCAUUGUGUCCUCAAGAUGCCCAAGACCGCGGCCACCACACUGGACAGUAGUCUGCGUGCUAUCAAGUGGAGUUAUUAUACCUUGGGACUACGUGUUCAACUAGAGGUCUUCAGCAGCCCUCGAAUUCAUGGUGUGGUGAAGAAGGCGCUACAGACUAAAAACCCGUGGUGCCCGGCGUCACCCCUCAAGGUGUCCGAAGUUCUCCAACUGCAUACGAUCUGUUGUGAUCCUUCUAUUUCUGUCAUUGAUAGAUGCGGGGCGGCGCAUUUCCUUGCCAUGCUCUACGCAAGGGCACGGGCAUCGGACAUCCGAUGUGUCAAACGUAUUUUGAUAGAUGUACACAACGAGGACUGGAGUUCCGGUUUCAUUGAGUUAGGGACGCUGGAGCACAAGACGUCUAGGCUGGACACUCAGCGACGUCGUAUAUUGCCUCUGGUGAUUCCUGGCCAGGGUAUUGCCAAAACCCCUUUUGGUCAGCUCCUCCUGGACAUUAGGGCUGAGGCCGGCUUGCCGAAUGAUCAGGCCGAUGUUCCAUUUUUGCCGGCGCCUCUGCCGGAUGGAUCGUGGUCCUCUGACCCGCUGUCUAGUAGCGAAAUUACCAGGUGGCUGAGGUAUUUAUUGCCACGUCCAUCGACGGAACAGGCCGUGAGUUCGCACUCGUUGAAGGUUACCUCACUUGUUUGGUGUAGCAAAUUUGGGAUGCUCCGCGAAACUAAGCGAGUUCUAGGCCAUCACUCGGAUGCUGCGACUGGUAGCGAUGCAGUUUAUGGACGUGAGUUACAGAGUGCGGCACUGCGUGAGUAUGUUGUCGUGCUGGAUGCAGCAGCUGCUUUUCCACAGGACUCGGAAGUCCUGGAGGAGGCUGUGGAAGAUGAUCAGGAUGAACAAUCCUUCUGGGCUCAUCCGACUAGCCAGGUUCUACAUCGCACGACUUUGGGGUAUUUAGCCAUGACGAGUUCCGUAGAUUCGGCGCCUUUCUUUGUGCAGCGAGCAGAUGAAAUCUCGCUCGCCAAGCGAGUAGUGGAUGCCUUGAAAGGUAAAGGGGUGUCUACUUUGGCCCAGCUGGCCUUCUGUGUCGGACAACCGGGACAGGUGCUAUCUCAGACUGAGUUUGACACGUGGAGCGAGGCCUUGUUGGUAGGCAUCACAGUGGGCGAGAAGGCGUCUUUAAGGCGCCUGAUCUUGGAAGCUCAGACCAUGCUAGUGGGGGUAGCCGAGCGAAAUGCUCGCAUGGAUCAGCUCCGGACUCAGCUCGCCGGCUGGGAGAGUCGGUGCCUGAAGUACAUCGGUCCAGAGAAGUGUCAUAGCCGUGAGGAUGAGGUUCAGAACGUCAAGCCUUUGACCACCAGUCUGUCCUUGGAAGGCGGUAAGUUGAAGGUUACGGAGGCUGCUGGUAUGGAUGAUCGCGAUAUUGAGGGCUCUUUGCAAGUCCUUAAUGCCUUGCGCCGCAGAGGAGUGGCUUAUGCGUUUGCUCGCUUGAUCAGUUGGGAAAGACAUGAAGCUUAUGUGUCGUCUCUGUUCAGGUAUUUGACCAAGCCUGCUCAGCCUGGUUACAGGAAGGUGUCUCUUCGUCAGAUCUUGCGGGCUGAUAAGCUUGCCUUUUCCAAGUUGUCCGAGGCAGGUGAGGACAUCCGAGCAGAUGCUUCUGGCAUUCUUCCGCUCGAUUCAGCGAUCGGGGCUAUUCUUCACGAUUACGACCUAAUUGUUGCUCUUUUGCCUAUGGGGGAUUUGGAUGGUAAGGGCAAGAAUGCUAAUGGCCGUGGCGGGCGCCCGGGUCCUUACGGUGAUGCUGCGCCCUGGAAGGGGAAGAAUGGCAAAGGUAAGGGUGGUUGGACCUCCAAAGGCUCUGAUUAUUGGACAGGGAAAGGCAAGAACACCUGGCAAGCUAAGGGCAAGUCGCCUAAGGGCAAAGGCUCGGGGGCCGGUAAGCCGGAAUGGUUGCCUGAGGGACUUCGCUUCCAGGGAGCCUCUGCAUGGAAUCAUAAAGGCAACAAGGUCUGUUACGGCUUCAACCUUGGCACUUGUUCGGAUGCAAACUGCCAGAAGGGCGAUCAUACUUGCUGCAUCUUCAAAUGCGCGGAUCCCCCGCCUCGCCCUGUCGCUUUGGCGUUGGACGUGGAGAUGGCAUCUUCGGACGAACCCGUUUCAGGUGGUAUCUCUGUAGCUGAUGUCGCGACCCCGGCUUCGCUACCUUCUGGAGUAGGAGUGGACCCUGCUUCUAAGAUGGUGGAUGUCGACGAUUCUCCGAUUUUGGUAGAACCUACAGUUUUGGAUCCUCCUACGAUGCCGAGUGCUUCGUCUGAGUCGUUUUCCUUGGAGCACGCAGGGAGCGAGGGGGCGCUCCCCUCACCUCUCGUGGCAUCGCAGGACAAUUCUCCGGCCCCUCAGCGCCAGGAGCCAAUCAGGGCCAUUCUGCAGUGUUUUGCAGGCCAAGCUCGUGUGGCUUCAGCUUUGAUUAAGCAGGGCUAUUUUUCCUAUGGAGUGGACCGCUUCAAGCAGAAAGCGGCUAUGGCCCCAGUGCUUCAGAUGGACUUGUCGACGAGGGAGACUU